AUGAAACCAUAAUAAAAUUUAAAAUAUGGCUCCAUAGUGCGUAUUCAGGGAAAAACUGAUAGUGGGGGAUAAGGAUUCAUUUCAGCCAAAGGGUAAACGAGUGUGGAAUUAAGAUUAGAUUCUUUGACAAGGCAGUGUAUUAUCAAACUUACGAAGAUCUGAAUGAUUUGAAUAAUUACAGAGAAGGCCUAUUUUAACUUUUACCAAGAGGGAGCUUUGAGAUUCACGAUGAGUAUUACAAAACAAAGUAAAUAUUUGUACUACAUGAAAGGAACAGAAAUAAAGGAUUGCUAUAUAGAGUAAAAUCAGAAAAGGAAUAAUUUUUAGCGAUGAUUGAAAACAAAAUGAAUGAAGAACUAUAUUUUGGGUAUCAGAUUAUCUUAGAAUAGAGCUGAAGCAAUUUUUAAGCACAUUGAAUCUGGGUAUUAUUUAGUAUCCUCAGAUGAAUGCAGUGAUCAAAGAAGUGACUCAUUCAAAAUUAAACUCCAACCUUAUUUAUCAAGCAACAUCAUCUUCAAAUUAGAGGCUUGUAAAAGUCAUUAAAAAACAGGGAGACCGAUUUAAACCAAAGAGUAAGUCAAAAUACUUUCAGAUUCAUCAAAAUUUUGGUUAGAAAAGAGUUUAAAGGCUCCUGUGUAAUUGGAUCACAAGCCUCCCUUGUCUGAUUUAAGACCAGAUCUAAAGGGACUUUCAAAUGAAUCGCAUAGAUACGAAUUAAUAAUAAGUCAUAAUUCAACAAGCAGUUGGAAAAUAGAUCAAUAUCAAUCAUACGAGGAAUAUAUCCAACCAUCUAAUCUAAUAUAAGACAGAGACCUAUGCGUCUUCAAUUUUACUCAAAACAAUUCCUAUCUUUGCAUAGAUUUAAGAAAGAAUUCAUUAGCAUUGAAAUAGAUUGAUCAAAAGACUUAAGUGCCUAUAGAUUGCUUAUGGGAAAUAACAUUCACUUAGGAGAAGAAUGAAUAAAAAUGCUAAUAAACGGUUCCCUAAUUUUAAUCCAAGCCAAUAAUUACAAGACUCCCCUCUGUUUUGGCUACAAAGGUAUCUCUGCCACUCUCUUUAAUUGGACUACCUGGUGCUAUUCAAUCUUCUGGAAGAACAUCUGCCAACGUUGCAGCUGGAGCAGGUCCUUAUGUUGGCUAAUUGACAUAAUAAAAAAGGAACAAACACAUCUAUUAGACUAUAUUGCUUAGACAUUACUUAACUGGAAAGCUAAUCAAAUGUGCAGAAAGGUUGGAUGAUGAUGAUUGCAUUUAAGCCUUUAUUGAUGAAAUAGGAACUCCAAUUGAUUUGCAAUUAGCUAAUAAUCACGAUUAAGAAUUCAUUGAUGGCUCGUAUGUUAAUUUGGUUCAUGAUGACAACACCUUAACCUUAAUUAAAUUGAAUCAACAUCAUACUCAACAAUCCUUUGGUCAAAUUAAAGAUAUUAGUUCUCUGGGUGGGUUUUUUAAUAAGCAUACACAAACAGAGGAGAAUCUAUUCAAAACUGCUUUUAAGGGGAAAAAAACAACAGAUGCUUUUAUUAUUAAGAGAGUUGACUGUAAUUACAAGACAGAACUUAUUUAAGCAUUUUCAGCUUUGGAAUAUUUGAUUAAUUUCUCUGGAGCACUUAAAGUCAAUCAUCAAUACUUUGCUUCUAUGGCUAAUUUAGAAUAAAUUAAAUAGAUAGAAAAAUUGUUAGCUGGCUUAAGCAAAUUCAUCAUUAAUAUGGAAAUUGAUGAAGAAUAAGAUGAAGAAGUAGAUGCAUUUGUUAACUCCAGGAGAUAAAUAAUAAUGAAAGAAUUGUAUUAUAUAGAAAUUUUGAUUGAAAUCUUAUAUUCUUUAUGUUAUAAGUCUGGAACAAAGAAGCUUUUAUUUUGGAAACAUCAGAAAUAACUCAUAAAGACAUUAUUUUCAGAAACUUACUCAUUACUUACUAAAUUAAUUUAGAAUAAUAAUGCUAACAAAACUUACGCCUCCUAAUGGAUGGAAAUGUAUCUUCAUUAAUAUAUAAUGGUGAGUGAACCAUAUAUCCAAAGGUUCUUAGCUGAAAUAUUGGACAACAAUGUUUAGGCUAUAAAAAAAUUCUUAAAUUAAAACCUUGUCAUUAGGAUCAUUGAAAUUAUCGGAUCUCAAGUUCCUCAUGAAAAAUACUUAAAAAUUUUAAGUUCCAUUUGUGUUUCCAACGGCUUGCCUGUUAAAGAGAAUCAGUCCUUAGUAUUGUAACAAUUUUUUCUUAAAAUUGGAUUUGGUAUAGUUAUGUGUUAAUAUUAGAUUUUUGUUUUCAAUUUAAAAUUGAUGAACAACAAUAAUUAUAAGUUUUAUGUCCAAUCUAAAAAGUAAAUAAAUUUAGGACAUUUGAAGAAUUUUAUAGAGAAAGUCAAAAAGUUGAUUCAUUUUAAUAAUGGAAUUAUUUUCAAAGUUAUUUUGAUUUAUUAGGUGAUAUUUGUAUGAAGAGGAAUAAAUAAGCAAAAAAAUAUGUGGAUGAUAAUUUUCCCUUAUAAGUGUUAUUGAAAAUCUUAGUAGAAGCAGAAAAGAACUCCAGGUUUAGCAUCAUGAGACCAAUUUUAAAAUUAAUCAGAUAUGCUUACAUAGAUAAUGUCCCAUUUGAAAAAGUUAAGAGAAUCAAAAGAGUCCAGAUAUUUUCAGCAUUAGAUGAUGAAUAUCCUCAAUUUGCAGAAGUAAUAGAUGCUAAUCAUCCCUUAUAAGAGUUUAAUUUAUUUGUUUUAGUACAGUUGGAGAAAAAUAAGAAUUUGUGGAAAAACAUUGAAUUUCAAAGAACUCUUUAAGAAAUAUUGAAAAUAAUAGGAUGCCAAUUAGAUUUUGGAUUUUAUGUAAAUUUGGAUCAAAUAGAACAGAUUUUAAAUUACAUGUAUCAAAUUUGUAGUAGCAUAAAUGAAUUCUCCUUUGGAAACGAGAAAGAAAAUUCCAUGUUAUCAAGUUAAUAGGGGACCUACGUACAGAGUUUUAUUGAUCACAAACUCAAAGCAACAAGAUUAUCAGAAUCGAAUAGUGUUAAAAUUUCAUGUAAGUAAUUGGCUUGUGAAAUAAUUCAAAAGAUAUUUGACUUUGAAGCUAAUUUAAGAGUUUUUGAAGCAGCCAAACUGUUAAAAACUCUAUUGAUUGAAUUAAAGAUCAUAGAAAAUAUCGAAUAAAAACAAUAAGGUAGUAGUAGAAACAUCAAAUCGAAUACCAAAAUUAAAGCAUUGUUUACUAGUGAAAGUUCAAAACCAAAUGCUAAAUCUAUUGCUGAUAAAUUAAAAAAGAAAUCUACAGAGGAGGAAAAGAUAUUUUAUGACCCUUAAAAUUGGAUUUCAAAAUUUAAAUUACUAUUACAAAAAAGAUCUUUGGCUGAUGUUGAAUUUUUCGAAUUGAUAUUUGCUGAAUUGUCUUUCUAUGAAAAUCCACUAUUGCCUAAAUAUUCUAUUGAAAUUUUGAAAAGAGCUUAUGGACAAAGAAAAGAACUAAUUUCAAAUUUUGAAAAAAUUAUCAUUGUGGUUUCAGGAAAAACAUAAGAGUUAUCUGAAUUGAGCUCUCUUAUUUUCAAUAAAUUUGAUAUUUUGACAGAUUCCUACUUCAUAGAAAUGUAUAAUGAAAAUAGUCCAACAUUUCAAAAAUAAAAUAUCAUCUGGAAUCUGAAUCAAUAAGAAGCUUAGAAAGCUGGUCUCAUUUAAAAUUUAUAGAGAUUGAAUAAGUAUUUAAAAAAAGAUUUUGACAAAAAUAAGUAAUAAGUCACUUUGAAUUACGAAGAUUAUUACCCUGACAAUAGGUCUAGAAUUAUUUAUCAUGAAAGGGAACUAAAUUAUAGACUUCAUCAAUCUUUGUUAAUAGCCUAAGAAUUACAUAUUCCAAUUCUAAAUUUUAUCAAAAUAUUUGUUCCCUCCUUAUCUGAAAUUUAUUGGAAAUUACUGCAUGCUUGUUAUGAUUAUCUAACAUUAAUAAUUUGGAAUCACAUGGAAAAUAAAAUAGCCUUGUCCAAAUAUAAAGAAUCCAUGUACCCUCAUUUAUAAUACAACAUUGGAAUGAUCGAUUUCUUAAAAGCCUUAUUUGCCAAUAAUAAACCAUUAAUUUAUAGUUAAAGAGAGAUUCCAAACAUUUUAUAAAUGGUUCUCAAAUAAUGUGAUAGUUAACCUUUGAGUAAUUACUACAAAUCAAAAUUAUUAGACUUCUUGAGAAUCAUCCUAAUUUUUAAUUCAUCGUACAUCCCACAAAACUAAACUUUAACCUUAUAAAACUUAUAAGAAAACACAUAUGCAAAUCUUAUUCUAAGCUUGAAUCUAGCAGCUUCUGACAUUAUGGCAACUCAAAACUCUGAAUAAAGUUUUAGUGAUGUGACAUCAUAAUCCUCUGAGCCGAUUAUUGAAAAUUUAAUACUAACUGAAGAUCAAGUCUCCUAUUAUAUCAAUUAGUACUAAUUAGAAUACGCAAGAUUAAAUAAGGACCAGAUUCAGAUUGAUAUAAGUCCAGAACUUACAUAUAUGUAUACAUUUUUUGGUCUGUUCAGUCAAUUAGUUGAAGAGUAACAUAAGGUUAAUCAAAAAAAAUGUCGAAAGAUUCACACAUUUCCAGAUCUUAUUAAAUUAUUAUCUUUGUCGUAGUAAGUAUGGCCAUUGAAGAGAUAUUUAAGAGCAUACACAAAUAGGCUUUAUUAUUGCUAGGGAAGGGAUGUAGUUACAUAAUUUAUUUAAGUGGAUUUCAUUACAAUUUUAGAUGACUUAGAAUGCAUUAUUGAAUUAAAAUCUAGUCAAAGCCUAUCAUUCUUUAAUCAAGUUACAAUAGUCAAUCCAAUUAGAUAUAAAUAUUUGAUUUCAUACAUUUAUUUAUAUCUAGAAGAAAUAUUGAUUACAUUACAUUAUGUUUUCAAUAAUAUUGAAUUUUUGGAAGAUCUAGAGGAGUAAUUAUAAUUGAAUAGGGGUAAAAAUAAAUUGAUAAUCCAUCUAUAAAUCUUUGAUUUAAUUUAGAAGCUAAUAUUGAUUGAACGAUUUUAUUAAAAGUAGAAUAUUGGGCAUUUAUCAAAAAUCAUUUUAAAUAUCCUUCAUAGCAUAGUGUCUACAUUUGAUCUUCAUAUAUUGAAAAUUAGAGAUUAAUUAUUCGUAUUGACUUUGAAGCAAAUUAACUCUUAUGAAAAAGCAAUGUAAUUAAACUCAUCAAAUCUGAUAAUCUCUUCCGAAGCAAUAGACUCAGAAAUAAGGAAUUCCCUUGAAAAUACAAGUAGAUAUUAACAUAAUGAGGAGGAGUAUAAAAAAAGCUUAAUAGAUUCCGUUUUUUCAGUUGAUAGAUUUACUCAAGGUAAACAAGCCUUAGGAAAUUUGGUUAAAUAUUGGAAGAACACAAAGAGAUCAUCUUUAUAGCCAGAAGAUUUGAAUGAAAAAAUUAAUCAUAAGCUGAAAAGAGUCAUUAAUAUAUUGAGUUUGUCUUCUUCAUUCUAAAUAUUUCUCGAGGAAGAAUUUCUAGAAGCUUGUAAGAAAAUGCUGUCAAUUGGUUAAGAAUCGAUGCUGGCUUAUUAAACAAAGUUUGAGGUUACAUCUCUGAAACAUUACAUUUAAAAUAUAAUUCAUAUGAGUAUUUCGAAUGAGGCCCAAUUUACAGAUGAUUUAAGAAUUUUCUUUUUAAAAAUGAUAAGUAAAUUAAUAACUGAAAAGAAUUAGGCUAAUAGUAUUUAAUUAGUAUAAGUUGAUUAAUGGCCAAGUGAAUAUUGGAUUGAUUAUAAAUAAGAGAUUGAGAAUGCUUAAAACUUUUUGGUUGAUUGUGGUGCUGCUGAUUUAGUGAUUGCACUUUUCUCUGAAUAGAAAUUAGAAAUUCGAUUAGACUUAUUAAGUGAGUGUUUGUUGUUUUUGAUAGCAUUCUUAUUAGGUGGGAACACCAAGGCUCAAAAUGCCAUUUUGGAAAAGCUUAAAAAAGAUGAAUAAAAUACUGUAUUAACAAACUUUCGAGUGUUAAUUAGUAAGUUAACUUAAGUCAUCAAUAAUAACUUUUCAAUCAUUACAUAAGAAUAGUCUGAAAGUUCAGAACUAAUUUAGACAGUUGAUAAUUAUGACUUUUUCGAUGUUGAUACUCAGACCAUGAUAAGAUUGAAUGUCAUUGAUCCUGAUGAUGCUAAGGAGACAGCAUUUAAAAAGUUAUGUUUAGAUGUCAUUUGCAGAUUUUUUAGAGUUAUGCAAUUAUUUUGUGAGAAUAAUAAUGUGGAAAUGAAAAAAUAUAUACGAUAAUAAACAGAUUAAAAGAAUAAUCCAAAAAUAUUAUCCACUAAUUUCAUUGAGUUUGCUAGUGUUCAAUUAAGGGUUUACUUUAAAAUUCUAUCUAAAGCAAUAAUUGUAAUUCCAUAAUCAAUGUUGGACUUUGUAAAUGAAGUUAUCCAAUUACCUUGUAUUGAUAAUCAAAUUACGUUAUGCAAUACAACAUUCUUUGAAGAUGCAAGUCACAUGGCACAAUUCUUUAAUGAUAAAAAUAACUAAAUUUAAAGAUUAUUUGAAAAUUCUGAAGACUUAUAGGAAUUAUAGGAACUUUAGAAUAAAAUUCUAUAAGCAGUUCUAUCUGUCCUAGAAGGAAAUGAAGAAAAGAUAUAUAGGGAUUUAUCCAAUAAAUUAGAAGCACAAUUUCUAAUUAACUUUCUAAAAAAUAAUUUGGAAUCCUUGAAUAUUACAAAUUCAUAAGAUUUAGAAUAGGUUUUAUAACUUUAAGAUAAAGUAUUCGAUAGUGACAUGUAAAAAAUUUUGAAUGUUUGUAUCAUACAAUAAUAAAUGACUUAACAUUCAGACAAUAAAUGGCUUGUUCAAUUUUAAGAGAAAAUGGAAUAAUUUCCAGAACUUCCAAAAAUAUUUGAAAAAUUGUAAAAUUUAACACAUAAAAUUGAAAUUAUCUAUCAAGGGAAAAAAAUGAAAGUAUUUUUCCCAUUUCAUCCUUAUUUUCAUUUACUGUCAGAAUAAACAAAAUAGGAGUUAUUAUUUACAGUAAAUAGAGAAACACAAAGGGAUAAAUUAGUUGGAAUGCUAUCUUAAUCUGAGAUUUUAUUUUAUGAAUUAGAACACAAUUAUAAGUUAAAUCACUUUAGAAUUCCAAUUACUUAGUAAAAUCUGGAUUUACUAUAAAAUCUAGCAUCGACAUUUGCUGUCUUAAUUAAUUUAGCCAUGGUAACUAUUUAUUAUUUAUGUUUAGAUAUUUUUUUAUACAGUUGUGGUCAAGGAGAACACCUAUUUUUUAUAUUCAAAUCAAAUAAACCAACUGAUAAUUAAUCUAUUGUCUUUGGGUUAACUAUUCUCAUAAAUUGCAUUAUUUAUAAUGGUAAGCUUACAAAGAGUACCAAUUGCAAUAGAAAAGAAUCGUCAAAAAAAGGAUAGUAUAUUAUCUUAUAUAGUAUUCUUUAAAGAAGAAACAUGCCUUAUUUUAUUGUUCUUGGUAAUAAUAUCCUUUUAUGGAGUGUUUUUCAAUUCAAAUUUUUAUGUGAUACAUUUGGUUGAAAUAUUUAGUAGAAAUUCACUUCUAAAAAAUGUGUUCUAAGCAAUAUCAUAUAAUGCAAAGCAAUUAUUUGUGGUUGGACUAUUGGGAAUUCUAUUUGUGUUUGCCUUUUCUGUGAUAAGUUUUAAUGUUUAUUUUGAUGAUAUCUAUUAAGGAGAACAAACUGAAACUUGUAAUUCAUUGAUUACGUGCAUGAUAACAUUAAUUACUUCGGGAGUUAUUGGCAAUAGCAUGAUCAAUUGGGAUCCCUUAAAAUUCUUUUUUGAUAUGCUGUUUACAGUUUUCUUCGGAUUGCUCUUCACUAACAUUAUCCAGGGUAUUAUGAUUGACACGUUUGCUGAAUUGAGAGACUAGAGGUAAAAGAUAGAAGAGGAUAUCAAAAAUAAAUGUUUCAUUUGUGCAGCAUCAAGAACAGAUUUGGAAAAGAUGAAUAUAUCAUUUGAUGAACACACUCAUCAGUUGCAUUAUAUGUGGAAUUACAUUUUCUAUGUGAAAUGCUUAAAAUUAAAAGAAUGGACAGAAUACACUGGUCUAGAAUAUUGGAUACAUGCCAAAUUAGAGUCAGAUGAUAUUACUUGGUUUCCUGAAAGCGUUAAUGAUGAUGCUAAUCUUACUGAUUAAAUGUCUAAAAUGGAGUAAAUUCUUAGCGAUGUUAUUGUGUUAUAAAAUGAAAUAUUAAGAAGAAUUUGA